CACCGAACUUGGGAAGGCAUCAGCCGGAACCUACAUAAGCGGAUCUGUCUGUAGACAUACUUGUCACGGUUGUGAAGUUCAUCUUUGUCUUUGCUGUUAGGACGAUUUACGUUCGCUUGAGAAGAUUAGACGUCGUCAUCGCGCCCACUUUCCGCGUCAAGUCUUGGCAAUCUAAUCAAUCAGAUUGCCUUCAAUAUUAACGAUGACGCUGCCAAAGCCGACCAACAAGCCUUUAAACGCAUACAGAAUGUCUGCAACGCUCAUGAACUUUGCUUACAAGCUAUCUUCGACAUUAUCGUCGUCGGAGGUGCCAACGAUCAAGAAAGACGGCAAAUUCUCAAAGGCUCGAAAGACGGAGGAUCUAUUCCCCACCACCGAUCCCGCGACAGAUGGUGACGACUGCUUGCACGACUGCGCGACCUGCACGAUAAAGUACCCACGCAAAUUCGAUAUCGAUGAAACAGAAGAGCUGUACGGUCACGUAAAGGGAUGGCAAACGCAUCUCGUCGUUGCUACGGGGAAGACAGAUUGGGUACGAGACGUGGCAGAUGAAAAGGGGAGUAUCAUGGAAGCGGUGGACAAGGGGAACGUGAAGCCCAGCAAUGGCAAACUUAUGCUGUCCGCCUCCGACAUGCCGAUUCCCGAUCACUCUGACACCAGCUCGAUGGUCUUGCUGCUGCCAUCGUGGCAGUUCAUUGACAACGUCACACCCGCAAACGUACCUGAGCUCAUAACCAACUACGUGAAUCGUAGCCCGACGAACGAUUCACCGUUAUACCACAAGCCCGGACAACCGUCUCAAGGGUCUUCUUCCCCAGAACCUGAAUCAAAACCUGCAGACAGCACAUUGCCACCCUCGAUAUCUACAGCCUCGGAUUUACAGGCGCGAGCAUGUCCGCACAAGUACUUGAUUCUUUUGUGUAGUCAGAAGACGCGUGACGCACGCUGCGGUCAAUCUGCACCGCUUCUGCGUCGCGAGUUUGAGAGGCAUCUACGGCCACUAGGGCUCUAUCGGGACUUGCACGACGAACGACCUGGAGGAGUUGGUAUAUAUUUCAUCAGUCACGUUGGAGGGCACAAAUUCUCGGCAAAUGUCAUGGUGUACCGCCACUCGUCGACGGUGGAGCACCCUAAUGAAGCAAACGGACAUGCCAACGGCUUGCAAGAGGCGCUGGAAGAGUUGAAGAUUGAGGCAGAUAAAGACCACGAGAUUGUGCUCGACGCUAAUAAGGAGCAACGAUCGGAAAUGGACGGCGAGGCUGCACAAUGCAUAUGGCUGGCGCGUGUUCGACCAGAGGAUUGCGAGAACAUCAUCAGAUAUACGGUAUUGCAAGGCAAGGUUGUCAAGCCAGAGAGGCAAUUAAGAGGAGGAUUCGAUCGAUCGAAGCAGCUAGCGAGCUGGUGAGCUUUAGAACUACCUCAACA